CCCACUCCCCUCCCCUCCCCUCCACUUCUCCACGCUUCCGCCAUGACUCCCCUCCUCCUCCUCCUCCUCCUCCUCCUCCUCCCCCUCCCCUCCGCCGCCGCCGCCGCAGCCUCCCUCCCCGCCGACUUCGCUAACCUCCUCGCCGCCAAGGCCGCGCUCUCCGACCUUUCCUCCGCGCUCGCCGCGUGGGACCCCGGCCUGUCGCCGUCGCUCUCCCUGUGUCGAUGGCCGCACCUCCUCUGCUCCCAGAGCGCGGCCUCCUCCUCCUCCCCCGCCGUCGCCUCCGUUCUGCUCUCCAACCUCUCCCUCACCGGGGAGUUCCCGCGGCCGCUGUGCCAGCUUCUGUCGCUCGCGCGGCUCGACCUGUCGUAUAAUGACAUGUCUGGGCGGUUGCCGGACUGCCUCGCCGCGAUGCCGUCGCUGAGGCACCUUGAUCUCUCCGGGAAUGGGUUCUCCGGCGAGGUGCCGAGGAGCUACGGGGCGGGGUUCCCGUCUCUCCUGACGAUCAGCUUGGCGGGGAACGAGCUGUCCGGCGCGUUCCCGGCGUUCUUGGCGAAUGUGAGUGCACUCGAGGAGCUCCGCCUCGCGUACAACCCGUUCGCUCCGUCUCCGUUGCCGGAGGCGGUCGGCGGAGUCCUGGGCCUACGGGUUCUCUGGCUGGCCGGGUGUAACCUCGUCGGGAAGAUGCCGACGUCGAUCGGGAGCCUCAAGAGCCUCGUUAACCUCGACCUCUCCACGAACAACCUCACCGGCGAGAUCCCGAGCAGCAUCGGGGGCCUGGAGAGCGUCGUCCAGGUGGAGCUCUACUCGAACCAGCUCACCGGGAGUGUGCCGCAGGGGAUGGGAGCGCUCAAUAAGCUGCGGUUCUUCGACGCCGCCAUGAACCAGCUCUCCGGCGAGAUACCGGCCGACCUGUUCCGCGCCCCGAGGCUGGAGAGCCUUCACCUGUACCAGAACGAGCUGACCGGACGCGUCCCGGCGACGCUGGCUGACGCGGCAGCGCUCAACGACCUGAGGCUGUUCAGCAACCGCCUAGUCGGGGAGCUUCCGCCGGAGUUCGGGAAGAACAGCCCGCUCGAGUUCUUGGACUUGUCCGACAACCGUAUCUCCGGCGAGAUUCCGGCGACCCUGUGCAGCGCCGGGAAGCUGGAGCAGCUUCUCGUGCUGAACAACGAGCUCGUCGGCCCGAUUCCGGAGGAGCUGGGGCAAUGCCGGACGCUGACGCGGGUGCGGCUGCCGAACAACCGGCUUUCCGGCGCCGUGCCGCCGGACAUGUGGGGCCUUCCUCACCUGUACCUGCUGGAGCUCGCCGGGAACGCGCUGUCCGGCGCCAUUGCGCCGGCCAUUGCCAUGGCGCGGAACUUGUCCCAGCUACUGAUAUCCGACAACCGCUUUGUCGGCGCGCUGCCGCCGGAGCUCGGCACUCUUCCCAACCUGUUCGAGCUGUCGGCCGCGAACAACAUGUUCUUCGGGCCCUUGCCGGCGUCGCUUACCGUGGUCACCACGCUAGGCCGUCUUGAUUUGAGGAACAACUCGCUCUCCGGCGAGCUGCCGCGAGGUGUUCGACGGUGGCAGAAGCUGACGCAGCUGGACCUCGCCGAUAACCGCCUCACCGGGGGCAUACCCGAGGAGCUCGGCGAGCUCCCGGUGCUCAACUCGCUCGACCUGUCAAAUAACGAGCUCACCGGCGAAGUGCCGGUGCAACUCGAGAACCUUAAGCUGAGCAUGUUCAACGUGUCCAACAACCGGCUCGCCGGCGCCCUGCCACCUCUGUUCACCGGCGAAAUGUACAAGGACAGUUUCCUCGGCAAUCCAGGGCUAUGCUCCGGCGGUUCGUGCGCGACCGCCCGCAGAGCCCGCGCCGGCCGCCGCGGACUUGUCGGGAGCGUCACGGCCUCCCUCCUCACCGUCGCCGGCGUCCUCCUGCUGCUGGGCGUCGCGUGGUUCCUCCGCAAGUGCAUGAGCCACGGUGGUCACGGCACAGAGAACGACGCCGCCGGCGACAAGUCGAGGUGGGUGGUCACGUCGUUCCACAAGACAGAGUUCGACGAGGAGGACAUCCUGAGCUGCCUCGACGACGAGGACAACGUGGUCGGCACUGGCGCGGCAGGCAAGGUGUACAAGGCCGUCCUCGGGCACGGCGGCGACGGCAAUGGUGCCGUCGUCGCCGUCAAGAAGCUGUGGGCUAACGGCGGCGAGGUGAAGAAGGCGGCGGCCGUGGAAGCCGGCGGCGGAGGCGGCAAGGACACGUUCGAGGCGGAGGUGGCGACGCUGGGCAGGAUACGGCACAAGAACAUCGUCAAGCUCUGGUGCUGCCUCCGCAGCGGCGACCGGCGGCUGCUCGUCUACGAGUACAUGCCCAACGGCAGCCUCGGCGACCUCCUCCACGGCGGCAAGGGCGGCCUCCUCGACUGGCCGGCGCGGCACCGCGUCAUGGUCGACGCCGCCGAGGGGCUCGCCUACCUACACCACGACUGCGCGCCGCCGAUCGUGCACCGGGACGUCAAGUCCAACAACAUCCUGCUCGACGCUGACCUCCGCGCCAAGGUCGCCGACUUCGGCGUCGCGAGGGCCGUCUCCAGCGCGCCGGCCGCCGUGUCCUCCAUCGCUGGCUCCUGCGGCUACAUUGCUCCCGAGUACUCCUACACGCUGCGCAUCACGGAGAAGAGCGACGUGUUCAGCUUCGGCGUGGUGAUGCUGGAGCUCCUCACCGGCAAGAUGCCCGCCGGGCCGGAGCUCGGGGAGAAGGACCUGGUGAGGUGGGUGUGCGGCGGCGUCGAGCGCAACGGCGUCGACUCCGUGCUCGACCCGAGGCUCGCCGCCGCGCCCAUGGACGAGACGCGCAGGGCGCUCAACGUCGCGCUGCUCUCCACGUCCAGCCUCCCGAUCAACCGCCCGUCGAUGAGGUCCGUCGUGAAGCUGCUCCUGGAGGUCCGGCCGGAGAGCAAGGAGAAGGCCAUGGAGGAAAAACCCCUCCUUGUCUGAUCACAGAAGCCAGCACCGAUGAACACUGAACAGUAGCUCACUUAGCAAUUAUCAUAAUCACUCACUUCAAAAAUCAACUAAAUUAAUCAUGAAGUUAAUUAAUCUACUCUAAGUACCCAGCAUUAAGCUUGAAGCAUCAAGCAUGCAAGCUACAACUAGUUAAAUAUCCUUUAUGUAUAGCUCAUUCUACGUACUAGUACUUUUCAUGGGUAAAUGUAUCAUCAGUUUGUCUGAAGUAUCAAUGUCAAGAAAGAUUUGGUUUAAGCUAGCA